AUGACAACAUCAGAUAAACUAUAUGAUAUUAUCAUUAUUGGUUGUGGUCCUGCAGGUAUAGCUGCUGCAUUGGAACUUCAAAAGUAUCAACCUACACCAUCUUUCUUAAUUCUUGAAGCACGUAAUCGUGUUGGUGGUCGAGCUUAUACUGAUACACAUACAUUUGCUACCGAUGAACCUAUUGAUUUAGGCGCACGUUGGAUUCAUCAUUAUCGUCCAGAAAAUCCACUUUCUAUACAUCAUACUCCUUCGGAUAAAGAUCGUUUUAAUUAUCAAUUCUUUAAUGACGCGACAACAACUGCUCAUUUUGAUUAUGAUGGAACAUCUUGGUCUGAAGCAUCAAUGAAUGAAGCAGAAAAAAUUGUCGAAGAAUUUUAUGCACAUAUUAAACAAUAUGACUCUACGAAAGAGGAUAUCUCAAUGUUUGAUGCUAUUCGUGAUAAAUACGAAAAAAUUCAAGAUGAAAAAGUGCGUCGUCUUGUUGAUAUGAACCUGGCUUUUGUAGAGCAUUAUGAAGCUUCAAAUCUUAGUGAAUUAUCAACUAAAUCUUUUGAAAAAUCAGAUAAUGACAUUAAACCAUGUGAUCUUACACUUCCAAUUGGAUUAGGUUCUUUUAUUGAACGAAUAGUCGAACGAAAUCAUCUUCCUGUGCAAUUAAAUAGAAUUGUUACUCAUAUCAAUAUUCUAAUUGAUAAAAAUAGUUCUAUAUGUAUUUCUACUCAAGAUCAGCAACAUUAUAUGUGUAAAUAUAUUUUGAUAACUAUACCUCUUGGUUGUUUGAAAAAGCAUGGAAUACAUUUCACACCAGCAUUACCAGAUUGGAAACAAAAUGCGAUUGACCGAAUGGGUGUGGGCUUAUUAAAUAAGAUACAUAUUCAAUUUCCGUUCACUUUUUGGGAUGAAAAACUCGACAAUAUAUUUAUUUCUUCGAAUCGUUUUCGAUUUUUUGGCUGUGCUUCACAGGAUCAUAUCCUUAUUUUAUUCGUUGCUGGUAAAUUAGCCCGUGAAUUAGAACAACAAACUGAUGAACAAAUAGUUGAACAAAUUAUUCAAUGUCUUCAGCCAAUCUAUCCACAAAUGCCAAAGCCUACGAAAUGGUUAAUGACUCGAUGGGGAUCCGAUCCAUUUGCUUAUGGAUCUUAUUCAAAUUUUAAAACUGGUUCAACACAUGAAACUGUAGAAGAAUUAGCAAAAGAAUGUUAUGAUGGUAGAAUACAUUGGGCAGGUGAACAUACAAAUUAUGGUGGAACAAUAGGAUGUGUUGAUAGUGCUUUUGAAAGUGGCCAUCGUGAAGCAAAACGUAUUUAUAAUAAACUAAAUUAA